AUGCCUCUGCUGCUCGCACGACCAUGGCCAGUCCUGACGCGUGCUGUCGCCGCCGCCCUCGCUAGUCGCCGCCCGCCACGGCGCGCGUAUGCUGCGGUGCCACCGCCACCAUCGACAGCCACCGCCGCCCCCGAGGGACCAAAGCCAAAGACCAUCAGCGGCGCCAUAAUCAUACCCGCCUCUCUCAAAACUCAUUCCAUCAAGGCCUUGCCGUUGGAAGAUGCCCUCAGGAAAACUUUCACCGUCUUCUUUGUCACGCCGUCCUACGCACACUUUCUGCUCGACGACGACUCUUUCCUGCACGAUGCCCUUCUCCGCAUCUAUGGCGGCGUGACAGACGCGGCCGACCUCAGCAUACAUGCCCUUUGUGCUGUUGUGGAUAAAGUCCCAGCUCCCCGGCCGUGGAAAAGCCAUUCCUUCGAGGAUGAGGUAUCAUGGCGCAGGGUCCAGCCGCCCAUCGCUGGAGCAGGCUUCGAAGGCAUCGCCUACGUCUCUCUUCGACCCGGCGCUUCUGUUUCACCCUCCGGGUCGCUCUCUCCGUCAGAGAAUGGUGCUAUCGAUUUCAUCACAGCAGAUUACUUUUCUGACGGCGCAGCCCAUCUCGACACAUUGCGACUCCCCCUUGCAAAUACAGUCUUUCAGACAGGGACGCCAACGACCAUGUUUCAAUCCACCUGGCAGACGCACGGCACUCCAGGCAAAUUGACUCUACUCGCAAAGACCAACACAUCUCAUCACGCUAUUCGUCUAGAUCACACCCCUUACUCUCUGCACGAUACAUCUGCCCUCAACAUCCCUUUGUUUCCCCUCACCUUGCCUCGCGUUGUGGAAGGCUGCAUGGGCAACAUCAUCCGUCGUGUUUUGGACGCUGAUGGCAAUAGUGUUCAGGCAUCGUCAGAGCUGGAGGACGCGGUCCCAAGAUUUUUCGCGGCCAGGGGAAGGCCGUCACAGGCAACUGUUGCUUGGGCGCUAGUGAUUCCCAGUAGCCUAAAGGACAAAGUCAUUUCCAGGACCGAGGAACUCUUCUCGAAUCUACCCACGAAAGACGACGCCACUCCUACCGAGCCGGAGCAUGCUUGGGAACGUCUAUGGUGCAGCAGGCCACCGGCUUGGAAUACGCUCGUCUCCCAGGCAAUCUCAGAAGGCGCGCGUCUCCACCGUGUCCUAAGCGGAGGAGGUGGAUGGGGUAAGAAGGCAGGCCUGCUGUCCUUGGAUCCAGUACCGGUCUAUGGACCUCCCGAAUCAAUUGGUUCUGAUGCUGCAGCCGUCAGUGACGAUCCGAGCGAUUUUGAAUCCACUCUCACACCAGUCGUACGAGACGGUGACUCGAUUCAAUUCUUCAUUUUGCCAAAGGCUAUGCUUGACCAUGAGGCUCGCCAGUUUGACAAUUAUACCAGUGUCACAAGAUUGACAAGGAAGGGCAAGCUUUGGGGCUGGGAGCUAGGCACCGUCCCAAGCACAAUGGAUUCCAUUCCCGGAAAGUCAUGGCAGCACCAGACGGCUCGAAAAACUGCUUAUACUUUGUUCAAUAGUAGCUUUGGCGCCUUGACAGAAGGAGCCAUGACCCUAACACGUCGCUCUUGGACAAGACAGGGAGGCAUCAGCUCAGUGCAUACAACGAUGCUUGAUGUUCCUUUCUCCCGCUUCUGGACUGUCAAUUCAACUAAAAUGCGUGUAAAACAUCUCAAUCCUGAGCAAAAAGACAUGGACGGUGCCGGUAAGGACAAGGACGUAGGUGAGCCUGGUCCAGAGUAG